AUGGCCCCCUCCGCUGAUGAUGGCGAGAACCAGCAUGGUUCCGUCUUCUCCGUCUCCGGACCCGUCGUCGUGGCCGAGCAUAUGAUCGGUUGUGCUAUGUACGAGUUGUGUCGAGUCGGUCAUGAUCUGCUUGUUGGAGAAGUCAUUCGUAUCGAUGGAGAUAAGGCCACCAUUCAGGUCUACGAGGAAACCGCUGGCUUGACGGUUGGCGACCCCGUUCAGCGUACAGGAAAGCCUCUUUCGGUUGAGCUCGGUCCCGGUCUGAUGGAAACGAUUUACGAUGGUAUUCAGCGCCCCCUGAAGGAUAUCUCCGAACAGUCCGAGGGCAUCUACAUUCCCCGUGGUAUUGCAGUCAAUGCCUUGGAUCGUAAGAGAAAAUGGGACUUCAAGCCUGGGAAAUACAAGGUCGGCGAUCACAUCACUGGCGGUGACAUUUGGGGUACCGUUUUCGAGAAUAGCUUGGUGAACGACCACAAGAUCAUCCUUCCUCCCCGCGCGAGGGGUACUAUCACCAGGAUCGCCGAAGCUGGUAGCUACACGGUUGAGGAGAAACUUCUUGAAAUCGAGUUCAAUGGUGUGAAGACCGAGCACAGUAUGAUGCACACCUGGCCCGUCCGUGUGCCCAGACCCGUGAACGAGAAGCUGGCCUCUGACUCUCCGUUCAUUGUCGGCCAAAGAGUCUUGGAUUCUCUUUUCCCCAGUGUCCAGGGUGGUACCGUCUGUAUUCCCGGCGCCUUCGGAUGCGGUAAGACUGUUAUUUCUCAAAGUGUGUCCAAGUUCUCCAACAGUGAUAUUAUCGUCUACGUCGGUUGCGGCGAGCGCGGUAAUGAGAUGGCUGAAGUGUUGAUGGAUUUCCCCGAGCUUUCCAUCGACAUUGACGGCCGCAAGGAGCCUAUCAUGAAGCGUACCUGCCUGAUCGCCAACACCUCCAACAUGCCUGUCGCCGCCCGUGAAGCCUCUAUCUAUACCGGUAUUACGAUUGCCGAAUACUUCCGUGACCAAGGAAAGGACGUGGCUAUGAUGGCGGAUUCCAGUUCUCGUUGGGCCGAGGCUCUCCGUGAGAUUUCCGGUCGGUUGGGAGAGAUGCCUGCUGAUCAGGGUUUCCCCGCCUACCUGGGUGCUAAGCUUGCCUCCUUCUAUGAGCGUGCCGGAAGGAGUAUCGCUCUCGGAAGCCCCGAGAGAACCGGUAGUGUCAGUAUUGUCGGUGCCGUCAGCCCUCCGGGUGGUGAUUUCUCGGACCCUGUUACCAGCAGCACUCUCGGUAUCGUCCAGGUUUUCUGGGGUCUGGACAAGAAAUUGGCUCAGCGCAAGCACUUCCCUUCGAUCAAUACGUCGAUCUCCUACAGCAAGUAUACCACGGUUCUGGACCGGUACUACGAGAAGCAUCACCCCGAGUUCCCUCGUCUGCGUGACCAGAUUCGUGAGCUUUUGACCAAGUCAGAAGAUCUGGACCAGGUGGUGCAGUUGGUUGGUAAGGCGGCAUUGGGUGACUCGGAUAAGAUCACCCUGGAUGUGGCUGCCAUGGUCAAGGAUGACUUCCUGCAACAGAACGGCUACAGUGACUACGAUCAGUUCUGUCCUCUGUGGAAGACCGAGUACAUGAUGAAGGCCUUCAUGGGCUACCAUGACGAAGCGCAGAAGGCCGUUGCCCAAGGUCAGAAUUGGGCCAAGGUUCGCGACGCCACGGGUGAUAUCCAGACCGCUCUGCGGAACAUGAAGUUCGAAGUGCCAGACAACGAGGCGGAGGUGUCUAACAAGAGAAAGAAGUUUUACAGCUACUUCAACUGUGUACUCACAUUCAUUCAUACACUCGAUUCCAUACACUUGGCUGCUAUCUACUUCCAAGAUAAAGCUUCCUUUUUGAUCAAUGUCAAUGAUCCCAGCUUGAUCUCCCUGGUCAACAAGCUGCAGGAUGUCUUCGCUACCGUCGGAGUUCACAACCCCAUCGACCUGCCUCAAAUCGCCGUCGUCGGCUCGCAGUCUAGCGGAAAGAGUUCCGUCUUGGAAAAUAUUGUUGGCCGCGAUUUCCUCCCCCGUGGUUCCGGAAUUGUCACUCGCAGACCCCUCAUUCUGCAGCUGAUCAACAAGCCCGCUGCACAGACCAACGGUGUGAAGGAAGAAGAGUUGGAAGGCACGGACAAGGAGGCAAAUGUGGACGAGUACGGCGAGUUCCUGCACAUUCCCGGCCAAAAGUUCUACGACUUCAACAAGAUCCGUGAUGAAAUCGUGCGCGAAACCGAACAGAAAGUUGGCCGCAACGCCGGCAUCUCGCCCGCCCCGAUCAACCUCCGUAUCUACUCGCCCAAUGUCCUGACGCUGACGCUAGUUGACUUGCCCGGUUUGACCAAGGUGCCAGUGGGUGAUCAGCCCAAGGACAUUGAAAAACAGAUUCGGGACAUGGUCAUGAAGUAUAUCAGCAAGCCCAACGCUAUUAUCCUUGCUGUCACUUCCGCUAACCAGGAUUUGGCCAACUCGGAUGGCUUGAAGCUGGCGCGCGAGGUGGAUCCCGAGGGUCAGCGUACCAUCGGUGUGUUGACCAAGGUGGAUCUGAUGGACGAGGGCACCGACGUUGUGGAUAUUCUUGCGGGCAGGAUUAUCCCCUUGCGCCUGGGUUAUGUGCCGGUGGUCAACCGUGGUCAGCGCGAUAUUGAGAACAAGAAGCCCAUUGCGUAUGCGCUGGAGAACGAGAAGAACUUUUUCGAGAACCACAAGGCUUAUCGCAACAAGUCGUCAUACUGUGGAACGCCUUAUCUUGCUAGGAAGUUGAACCUGAUCCUCAUGAUGCACAUUAAGCAAACGCUUCCCGACAUCAAGGCCCGCAUCUCGUCCUCUCUCCAGAAAUACUCUUCCGAACUAUCGCAGCUUGGCGACUCGAUGCUCGGUAACAGCGCUAACAUCAUACUGAACAUCAUCACCGAGUUCAGCAAUGAGUACCGUACUGUGCUGGAGGGUAACAACACCGAACUUUCGAGUAUUGAGUUGUCCGGAGGUGCCCGUAUCAGCUUCGUGUUCCACGAGCUCUACUCGAACGGUGUCAAGGCAGUCGAUCCUUUUGAUCAGGUGAAGGACAUUGAUAUCCGCACUAUCCUCUACAACUCCUCCGGAUCGUCACCAGCCCUCUUCGUUGGCACGACCGCUUUCGAGCUGAUCGUGAAGCAACAGAUCAAGCGACUGGAGGAUCCCAGCUUGAAAUGUAUCUCUCUGGUCUACGAUGAACUCGUCCGCAUUCUUGGUCAGCUCUUGAACAAGCAGCUCUUCCGGAGGUAUCCUAUGCUGAAGGAGAAGUUCCAUGCUGUGGUCAUUGGUUUCUUCAAGAAGUGCAUGGAGCCGACCAACAAAUUGGUUCGGGAUCUUAUUGCCAUGGAGACGGUGUACAUCAAUACUGGACACCCUGACUUCCUUAACGGACACCGCGCUAUGGCUAUUGUCAACGAACGCCAACUUGGAAGCAAGCCUACGCAAGUAGACCCCAAGACCGGCAAGCCCCUCCCUCCGCGGGCCAACAGCCCUUCCGUUGAGACUCCUACCGACACCGGCAGCUCUGGGUUCUUCGGCAGCUUCUGGGCCUCGAAGAACAAGAAGAAGAUGGCCGCUAUGGAGCCGCCACCGCCCACUCUGAAGGCUUCUGCCGCCCUGUCCGAGCGCGAGAGCAGCGAAGUUGAAGUUAUCAAGCUGCUCAUCACAUCGUACUUCAACAUUGUCAAGCGCACCAUGAUUGACAUGGUUCCCAAGGCCAUCAUGUACACCCUUGUCCAAUUCACCAAGGAUGAGAUGCAGCGCGAGCUCCUGGAGAUGAUGUACCGCAACAACGAGUUGGAUGAACUCCUGAAGGAGAGCGAUUACACCAUCCGCCGGCGGAAAGAGUGCCAGCAAAUGGUUGAGAGUCUAUCCCGCGCUAGCGAGAUUGUCAGCCAGGUUCAGUGA